AUGGAUUCCAGCAGUUCCGCGGGCGCUACAGUUGCGACAAUUACAAAUCCGCCGCCCAACGCCACAACGCCGCCCAUAAACGCUACAUUGUCUGCCAGUACCUUACCAACAGCAACGACCGCAGUAACAACGUCGAAUAGCGUUUUAGCCACAACAGCAAAUACAACAAUUUCUAGCAGUAGUAAUGUAACGAGUAUUGCCUCCACAGCUGCCACUUCCGUCAUAGCCGUCGGCAAUCAGACGUCAAGCGCAGUUCUAGCGCCGAUCGCGUCGGCAAGUGUCGGCGCUGUAAGUGCUGUGGGUGGUGGCGUUGGUGGCGCUCAUAGCCUAACAGCAACGUGUAGUCAGCCCACACUGCCGCAACAGUCGCUUCCCGUCGUGGAUCUAUCCAAGGGUGAUGAUAUUAAUAAUUCUUCGUUAGCCAGUGGUAUUUCCGAAGGACAACGUUCGCUCUCUGCUGCGCCCUCUGCCUCGUCGAGCCCGAUUUUGAGUCCAUCUGGAAAGAUUUUCGGACGCAAUGCUAAUGGCACAAUGGUCGCCACAUCUCGCCCGAUUAACGAAGCUGAAACGCAACUCUAUCGUGUACUACAACGUGCCAGUCUACUCGUCUACUAUGACACACUCUUAGAAAUGGGCGGCGACGAUGUACAGCAGCUGUAUGAGGCGGGCGAAGAGGAGUUUCUGGAAAUUAUGGCGCUAGUAGGUAUGGCGUCGAAACCUUUACAUGUACGACGCCUGCAAAAGGCGUUACAUGAGUGGGCCAAUAAUCCGUCAUUGUUUCAGGGUCCCAUAAGUUCCACAUCUAGUCUCUUCGAUACGCCAACCAAAUCAGCCGGGAUACACAUGAAAACCGAUGUUUCACCAUCAUUUACGCGCACCACAUUCCCCACAUUUAAUCCCACACCUUCAGCAUUUAAUCCUACACCUUUAGCCGCUACAUCUUCCCAUUUAAUAUCACAAAUAUGUCAACCUGUCAUUUCUAUGCCCGCUAUACAACCACAUACACCAUUACCGCUACCCACAGCUGCAUUGCCCGUCGCCACCGCACCUGUCGCACCACCCACACUUAGUGCUUCAACUGGCGGCGGUGCUGUUGGCGGCACUCUAGCCACCACACAUCAAGUGUCCUCUAGCUCGCCACAACUCACGCCGGUGCUCACAGAAAUGCAAGUUGCACGUAUAACACAAGGCGCUGAGAAGAUCGCACGUCAAUUGCCACAACGCGAACCACGCGUACACACCUCGAAGAAACGCACAAGUCGCGAGCUGGAGCAGGUCAUAGCCAUGCAUGAGAACGACCCACGUCGCAUGGAUGAGAUUCGUAAGUAUUCGGCUAUUUAUGGACGUUUCGAUUGUAAGCGUCGUCCAGAGAAACCGCUUACUCUACACGAAGUGUGCGUCAAUGAGGCAGCAGCACAGUUGUGUCGUUUGGUGCCCGCGCUACUAACACGUCGUGAUGAACUCUUUCCGCUGGCCCGUCAAAUUGUUAAGGAUGCUGGUUUUGGUCAUUCGGCAAGUAUAGCACGAUAUGGUGGUCUCUUGCCACAGGUAAUGCAAGCGCAACAAGCGAUGGCUCGUUCGGCAGCCGUCUUGGAUUGUGAGUCAAGCGACUCGACGGCAUCUGCCUCGAGUAAGCGUACACGUUUGGCCUCUACUGAGACAACGAAUACCCUAACACCUGCCGAUUUGGGUCUGAGUCGGGAAUCAACGGAGGAUUCGCGUUAUAAUCUCUUCGCUAUGUAUCACAAAUUUGCUAAGCCGCCGUUCGAUCUAACGGACAUCAGCAAAUUUAACCUGAACAAAAGCGAGUAUGACGAUAACGACAAUGAUUCACGGCUUUCUUUCAGCAAUUCCAGCUCACCUACGAUGCCCCCUAGUUCCCUGGAAAAUGACCGCGACCUACCCGAAUCGAUGAAAUUUAAAAGCUUAACAUCUUUCGCACCAAAUGUGAUUUCCACCACAGCAGCGCACAGCGGUCAAGAACUGUUAGACAGUUCGAAUCACAAUAAAUCUUCACCCAAUCACCAGCAGCAACGGGGCCAAUUGAAAAUGAUGAGCUGUCCAACAACUGAUGCCACAGUGGGUAUGUUGAGCAAUUCGCCACUCGGCGGCGUACAAGUAAUUUCGGCAGCUGGUGGUCAUAUUAUUGCCGUGGCGAAUCCUGCACUCGCGCUGAGUCCUACACUCAAUGAGGCGUUGAGUUUGAAGAGAGAAGUGAAUUCGCCGGAGAUGUAAAUAUUUAGGGAAUCAGUUGAAAUGGUUUACACCGUGAGGGGCAGUGCUGGUUAGACGUCGCUAAUUUUACUGUUCACCUUGAAUAUACGAGUACAUGUAAUUUAACUGUUAUGUAAUGAAAAAAAACAAGAGAACACACAAAAA